AUGAGCAGAAAUUACAGGAUUCGAGCAACGAUGAUCAGACUUAAGGAGAUAAAAUCUCUUCACUUUGAAAAACGAUGGGCGUUCCCCAUAGCCAUGGCUUCAAUCGUAUCUCUUUUCCUCUUCGCGACAUGUUUCAAUCUUGGCACUGUAUCUUCCUCAUACAAAACAAUUUUUCCGUCAUUCAAUCCUCGCAUCUCUGCAAAUAAAACCACCAUGAAUUUUUCUGGAGAAAACAUCCAAUCCCCACCUCCAUCUCCUCCACCUCUUCCUCGUUUUGCUUAUUUGGUAUCCGGAUCAAAAGGGGAUUUAAACAAGCUAUGGAGAACACUUCAAGCACUGUAUCAUCCAUGGAACUAUUACAUUCUCCAUCUUGAUCUCGAAUCCCCACCCGAAGAAAGAAUCGAACUCGCUUCACGGGUCGAAAACGAUCCGGUUUUUACUGCAAUCGGGAACGUUUACAUAAUCUCAAAAGCUAACAUGGUUACAUACAGAGGUCCAACAAUGGUGUCAAACACACUUCACGCAUGUGCCAUUCUUCUUAAAAAGAAUAAAGACUGGGAUUGGUUUAUAAACCUCAGUGCCUCCGAUUACCCUCUCGUAACUCAAGAUGAUCUUAUUUUUGCAUUUCGUGAUCUUAAACGCGACCUCAAUUUCAUCGAGCACACAAGCCAUUUAGGGUGGAAAGAGAACAAAAGGGCAAUGCCGUUGAUGGUGGACCCCGGACUAUACCAGAACACAAAGUCUGAUAUCUUUUGGGUGCAACCGAGAAGGGCUCUCCCAACAACUUUUAAAUUAUUUACAGGAUCGGCAUGGAUGAUUCUAUCGCGAUCAUUUGUGGAAUAUUGCAUAUGGGGAUGGGACAAUCUACCAAGAACUUUACUAAUGUACUACACGAAUUUUGUGUCGUCUCCGGAAGGUUACUUCCAAACAGUAAUCUGCAAUUCCCCGGAAUUCAUUCCAACAGUAGUAAACCAUGAUAUGCAUUAUAUUUCAUGGGACACUCCUCCAAAACAGCAUCCUCAUGUACUCACCUUAAAUGACACGACCAAAAUGAUAGCAAGUGGGGCCGCAUUUGGGCGUAAGUUUAAGGAAAAUAGUCUUGUUUUGGAUAGAAUUGAUAAGAUGUUGUUACACCGGAAGAAUGGGAGUUUCACACCUGGUGGGUGGUGUAAGGGUGACCCUAAAUGCAGUAAGGUGGGGAAACCAACACGGAUUAAACCGGGUCUAGGUGGUCAAAGGUUGAGUCAACUUAUACGCAAGUUACUUGAACAACCUAAGUUUAAUGAAAGUCAAUGUCGAUAGAUGAUAUGUUGUUUAUGUAGAUUGGGAAUUAGUGUUUACUACUUUACUAUAUGCCAUAUGCUAUAGCAUUUUUGUUGUCCAUCAAAGGAUUAAAUUUGAUUGAAUAUGCGACGUUUUUUU